UGUAAACCUUAACCCGCAGUAUAAUCAAUAAAACAAGAAACUCAACAAUAACUGUGUUAGUUUUAUUAUAAAUCUUCGAUGAUUUAGUCAAAAUGAAAGGCGUAGAAACAGAGUGGAGUUAAGUUGCACUAGAUGCUGAUCCAAGGUCAGGUUUACGUUUCCAGUGUUUAGUAGGUGCCGUUAGGAUAGAGGAGAAGUAAACUGAUUAUAGAUCUGUGCAUAGGGUAAAUCCGCCCCAAAACGAAAGAAAAUAUUAAUAUAUGUGUAAACCAAUCAAGUGUCUGUCACUAGGGAGACGAUCCAUCAGCUCAGUUACUGGGCAGACCAGCCAUAACGACUCCUAUCAGAAUAAUAUUUAGCAAGAAAAUAAAGCAAUUGAACCAAUAGAAUUUAAAUUACACUUGGUAUCUGAGUAGAAUUAGAACAAUCCACCAAUUGGAAUUUACGUUUGCUUUGUAGUCAGGCAGACAUAACAUAGUUGUCCAAUCACAAAAAAAUCUGAAAGGGGAUUUUUGCUGUAUCUCUUUGGCUCAGAGGCCUCAGGGUGUGUUUGCCACCGCUGUGUGAGCAAACAAUGACUGAGGACAGGUUGAAGGCGGACCCCUCCAAGCGGGAGGGGCUGGACUCAGGAGAGGGAGACACAGAGCCUAGCCUGCUGCUGCAGAAACUAAAGAGCAACAUCUCUAAGAAUGUACAGGGCAAAGUGGACAUUAUCCUGCAAGAUGUGCAGCGCUUCUCUGACAACGACAAACUCUACCUUUACCUCCAGCUGCCUUCUGGCCCCAGUUCAGGGGAGAAAAGUCUGGCAAUGGCCCCGCUGGCACAACUUAGGCGGUGGUGUAUUUCUGCAUCGAUGUCAGCUUUGGAGGAGAGAACACUGCCAAGCAGCAGCAGUGACCCCAGCUCAUUCAACACAGCUGACCAGCUGCACACCUGCAACUGGAUCCGUAGCCACCUGGAGGAACACGCAGACACCUGCCUGCCCAAGCAAGACGUCUACGAGACAUACAAGAGAUACUGUGAAAACCUGCAGCACCGGCCUCUGAGUGCUGCCAACUUUGGGAAGAUCAUCCGUGACAUCUUCCCCAACAUCAAAGCCCGGAGGCUCGGUGGAAGGGGACAAUCCAAGUAUUGUUAUAGUGGAAUCCGCAGGAAGACGGUGCUAAACAUGCCAUUGUUGCCAAACCUGGACCUGAAAAACGACCCGUCGGAGCUGACGGAGCUGGUGCAGACCUACAAGCAAGAGGUGACGGAGGCGGCUUGUGAGCUCAUCUGUGAUUGGGCCCAGAAGAUCCUCAAGCGUUCCUUUGACACAGUGGUCGAGAUCGCCCGUUUUCUAGUGCAGGAACACAUCGUCAACCCGCGCUGCAGCCAGGCUGAACUCGUCACUUCUGCCGCGAUGGCAGGAGGUCCUGCAAAGCCCCACAAGGUGAUCAAGAAGAACCCAGUACCAUCCAAAGGAGGUGGGCCAGAGACGGAAGGGAGCAGCUCUGAAGCGAAGGUAAGGGAUAAAGAAGUUGGGGAUCAGUUGUUGCCAGGGAAACUGCAGUCCAGUGACAAGCCAACUAAAGGGGUGGAGUCGGUACGCCCGGGGGGUCGCGAAUCGCAGGUUGAGGCUCUGAUGAAGCACUUGCCCCGAAUCCUGCCUCGCAGCUCUGUCCCGGAAAAGUCCCAGCUUUCGGUGCGCUCUUCACCCCCGUCGCUGGCGCCCAAAGACGCAGGUGGCGUGAAGGUCAUCACAAUGACUGCCCUGCCCCAGCAGCAAGGGGGCGCUCUCCCAGUCAUGAUCCUCCCCCAGAGCGUCAGCCUCUCCUACCCCGAUAGGGAAAAAGCCCCGCCGGUCACCAUGGCACCAACGUCGGUGGUGCAGAGGGCCCGCGCCGCGACCAAACGGGCCCCCGAGGCUCCGGCUGCAGUCAGCCGGGGCCCCGGGCCAGGAGGCACACCGGCCAAACGGAAACGAGGACGACCCAGGAAGCCACGGCCAGAAGACACCGCCCCUCCGCAGCCGCCCCCUCCACCCCUACCCUCGGUCAACCAAGCCCCUAUCAUGAGGUCCCUCACUGGAGGGGUGAUCCAGAAAGCCUGCUCUUCCUCCUCCUCCCAGGUGGUGGAGGUCGUAUUCCAGGACCAGCAGGCCUUGGUGCUAGGCCAGCUGCAUUCGGUAGCGGACACCGGCGACCCAGCGCAUCGGGGCGUGGUGCUCGAGACUGACCCACGGCCCUUGCUGCUGCUGCCAGGGACCAGUCACACAAACUGGGACAUGGGCAGGGCCAUGGUAGAGGUCAUCCAGAGGGCCCCGAGACCAAUCACCAAGAACAACAACUCCCAGUCUACCCCCCACCACCGCCUGCCCCUGUCCACUGUGCUGGAGGAUCGAGGGGAGGUGGAGAUCACCCUCACCCCCGUGGAGCCUUCGGACGAUCUGCCAACCCCCACCGCCCAGGCUAGCUCGGAGGGCCACCCCACGCCCGAUGACAGCUCUAAAGAACCUAGUCCUGGCCCUUCCAGUCUCGAGCCUCACCCUCCUUGUCCCAGAGACUAGGGAGCACUAAGGGACUUUAUACUACCCUCAGGGUGAGGAUAACCACCCCCAAUCAUCUUCUCCCAGGUAGCAUCUUCUCCCCGAUUGGUGGAAAUCCGAGAUGGGCAGCGCAGAGAGCCAAGAAGGAUCGAUGAAGCCAAAACACUAUUAACCCCUGUUGACCUUCCAUUUAUAACUCUUUGCUGUGACUCUAACUGCAUGUUUGUCUUUGUAAUUGUGAGCGAAGAGAGCGAUAAAGGUGGUUCCGUACUCCUGAGAUCAGAUUUUUUGUAGUUCUGAUGACGACAAGGGGGUAUUUACGGGUUCGGACCUUACGAGGUUCUAAGUGCUACUCUCCCUGAGAGGAUCUCCCCUCAAAGCAUUUAAAAAAUAUAUAUAUCUUUGGUUGUGUUAUGUUGAUGUUUGUAGUUGUGCUUUCAAAUAGACUUCCAGAGUAAAGGAGAAGGCAUGACUCGCUGCUGGUGGAGCUGCAUUUAAAUGAUCCCCCCGUCAAGCAUCAGAACUGGGUCUGCCACAGUGUUGUAAAAAAUUGUGUGACAAGAUUGUGAGAUUGCCCCCCUUCUCCAAACCCACUAAGCUGGAGUGUGACGCAACGCGAGCACUUACCUGGGCAUGAUGCCAUUAUUACAGCACUUCCUGUUAGCGACUUAGCGUAGAUUACAAAACAUAGACACCAUAUAGGCUAGACUAUGACAAACAGUAGUUAAGUAGGCCUUUGUAUUUUGAACUUACAUCACCUCAGGCGAAAGCAUCAAAGCACAAACCUGCGAGCCUAGUGUAAAACCUUGAGUGCGGCAAAGAGACUUUUGAAAUUUUUGCGUUGAUUUUGUAAAUGAUUUAGCCUGAUGCUAAUGUAGGUUGCCAAGCCCUUUUUUAUACGUUUUGGAUGCUGUACCAUUUUCAAACUGUCUGGCAGAGACAACUAUUGCUUAGCCACCCUUUGCCAAACUUUCAGCCUAGGGGUGCAUACAGUUGAAGUCGGAAGUUUACAUACACUUAGGUUGG